AUGAGAAUACGUCUACGUCUUAAAACACUUUAUGCCAAACCAUUGAAUGGACCGGCCAACCACCAGUUGACAGUGGUCGAUGUCAACCCACAGUAUGAGAUACAACAGCUGCUGAAUGGCAUGUCACACAAGAGCACAGAGUACCGCUUCUUCCACGCCAACUACUUGCUGGAGAUGGACCGCACAUUUGACCACUAUCGCAUCAAGGAGAAUGAUAUCAUCGAGACCGUGUCCAACCCAUUCAUCAUGUGCGUGUUCUACAAGCUGCACAGCAUGUAUAUCGCGCAGCAGGAGAAUGAGCGUCGACUAAAAGGCUCAACAUUCAACUCGCAGAUGCUCAUUCGCACGCUCACCUGUAUCAAGUCUUUGUUCAGAGACGAUAUACCUUUUGUUGGCGACGACGUUGACAAGAUCAAGCCCUACUUGAGAAACGCCGACAUUGUCACUCUGCGCACCGAACUCAUUGACUUCAAGCGAUUCGAUCAGCAUCACGAGGACCCGAUCGGACACUACGUACUACGCAUAUAUAACAUGCUGCCCGACGAGGAGCAGCGCCGCAUCAGACAGACAUUGGACAACGCGUACAUGGCCUUCCCAGCGACAACAACAACAAUAGAGACACUCACCGAGACGGACACGGACACUGAGUCCGAGGGUGAGUGUCUCACUCAGCCCGACCCCGUCCAGCGUGACACAAUAUACAUGGCACCAAAGGACAUUGAUAUCGAUUGUGACACUGACGACGAUGUGUUGGAACUAUCCCGCGAAGGAUCAUUCAACCUGCCACAAGCCUCCAACUCGGUCACGACCCCCAAUAGACAGAAUGGUGGAUUAUCUUUCAACUUGUUGCUCAAGAAUGGAACCACAAAGGAAAGCAAUGAUCCCGUAUUCCUCAAGAAGCUCAAGUACAUUGAGGAUGUCAACAUGAAGCUCAUUCAAAUGUUCCCAAGAUGUGGCAUACCAAUCCUACCUCGCGUGACCAUGAACUAUCCAGACGAUCAACUAUUCCUCGACAACUCAGACGCGCCACUCCAGCUCUCCGACCUGGAGCCACCUCACUCUCCACCUGCGUUUCAAUCAACUCAACCAUCAACCUACAACAGCAACAACAACAACAAUAAUAAUAGCAUGAACCGGAGUAAUGGCAACAGCAGGAACCACAGCAGGAACAAUAGUAUGAAUGGAGGAGGAACAUCAUCAGGAACAGGAAGGAACUUGUUUGGGAGCAACUCAUCUUUGAACAAAACAAUGUCACUCAACAACUCGGCGACUAUCUCUUUGGGUGCCAGCUCACAGGGGUCAUUGUGGGACAACAGCUUCAAUGGUUCACAAGGCGCUGGGUCGCUCAAUGGUUCACAGAGGUCGAUUGGAAGCCCGACACUCAGUCUCAACAACUCCACUGGCUCCAACUCAUCCGCCACCAGUGGCUUUGGUCUCAAGCGUAGCACAGGACUGUCACUCAGCCAGAACUCCACCGACUCAAAGUUCACCACUGUCACGGAGGUUGUGUCACACUUCCCCGGCUCACUAGAGUAUCAACAGAAGCAGCAACAGCAACCUUUGGCUGUGGUACCCAAGCCUGAUCAGGCCUCAGAUUCCAACUCAAACGACUCAAGCAUGCAACUGAGUGUGUACACGGGCAAGUCGACGGUUUCCAUGAGGGCCGCCGCCAACGCCAAGGAGAAGCUGUACUCGCCAUUCUUCCAAUCGUCAAUGUACGCUACAUUGAUCGCGCUGUCCAUUCAUGACGGCAAGAUAUUCACAGACAUGGAACUGGCGGCCGUGUCCCAGCCCUUUGCCUACAUCGACAUGAUUGAUGCUCAACCCGUGCCCUACUACUCCUACGCCGACAACCUCACGACAAUGGCCUCAAAGGAGAAGGGACAUCUGCUCAAGUGUGAGAACAAGAUGUUCUCGCAGUCACCCAAGGGCAAGGAGUACGGAAAGCAUCUGCUUCGGUUCAACAUUGAUUAUGAGCAGUUUGUGGCCAAGAACAACACGAGACCGAUAUUGGAGCAGAGCAAGGUGACCGUGGUGAUCGACACGCGAGAGGUCAAGGCCAAGUGUAUCGAGAGGAAUCUGCGAGACAUGGGCGUCAACACCGUGAUCAGGAAACUAAAGACUGGCGACUAUUGCUUCGUGCCCACGCUGCCCACCUACUCAGAGUCGCUGGGCAGUGAGCUGAUGUAUCCGUUCCUGAUGGAGAGGAAGACAUGGCACGACCUCGAGAGCAGUAUCUUUGAUUCCAGGUAUCUCAGUCAGAAGCAACGCAUGGUCUCACACGAGAUCCUCAAUCGCAAGGGACUUUUCUACCUGGUCGAGGGUGUCAAGGAGGCAUACAAAGGCGCAACACAGUUUGAUGAGCUGGAAAGAAAAAUAGAAGAGAUGGUGAAUACAGAGAGCUUCAAUGUUAUCAAGACGAACAACUUGUUGGAGACAUGUAGAUACUUGGCAAUGUUUGCAAAGUUGUUGAGCGAACAUUGGGAUGAAUCAAGAGGCAUGUAUCGAUGUGCAGUGAUCAAUGAGUCGGCAGUGUUGGCCAAUCCUCUGGCAUCAAAGAAGGACCAACAACCACAGACAACGCCCGUGGACCGAUCAUAUGUCACAAUGGAUUGCAGCUUGUUCAAGGAAUACCUCUUGGUGCCAAGCUAUCGCGAGCACGUCGAGCUCUGUGUCCGACAGACGCGCCACAUCGAGAAGGUGUUUGCCAUUCAAGGCCUGGCUGACUACACCAAGUCAAUCUCAUCCAACAUGAAUGCCAAGGUGAGGGAGUUCAUCAGACAUCAUAUGCUCAAUGAGCCACUGAACAAGUACUUCACCCAAGAUAACCUGCUGCUGAUUGAAAGUGUGGACCAGAUGUUGGUGUACUACUACCUGCUACACUUGCAAGUUGUCGUUGGAGUCAAGGUCAUACCAUUCCCAUCCAAGACUCAAAUGGACAAUCUGAUUACGUUCCGCGAUAGGGAGGUCAACCUGGAAAGCAGUCUAAAGAUGUCCAAUCUGCAACAUCCUCAUUUCUACGCCCUACCCAUCUCAAUGGAAGAAUCUCAGCUAGUGCUCACUCGAAGUCAGUCACUACCUUUGGCAAUCACUCAAUCAUCAUCAUUAUCACAGCCAUCACUUUCACAACUUUCAACCUCAACAUCAACAACAUCUACAUCAUCAACAUCAUCAACACCUCAGAAGCGCAAGUUAUCAUCUCAAUCAUCUCAAUCCUCUCAAUCCACUCAAACAUCAUCCCAAUCAUUCCAAUCGACACAAAGCUUGCCACCUCCAAUCCAGCUACCAUCCACGACGACUAUAACUACCACAACGACGACAAGUGCUCAACCACAAGAGCCACCAACAAAGAAGGCGAAGGAAGAGAAGAAGAAAGAGAAGAAGGAUAAGGAUAAGAUGGAUACGACUCAACCAGAUGGUGAUGUUGGCUAUCGCACUUGUAAUCAACCAAUGCAUCAGGAGUGGUGGGGAACCAGUCCGGAUCUGCCCACGACAGACUUCUACGCGCACAGCAAGCGAUGCAAGAAAUGCUACUGCAAGAUACAGAACGAAAACAAACGACAGCGUACAAUGAAUCUGUCUGCUAACGGCGGUGACGAACAUUUGCCGCCAGCAGCCCAGGUUCCCAGUCCCUUGACCACCGCCAAGACAGAGCCACUGCUCCAGCUAACCAAUGCCCCAGAUGAUGCCACUCCAGCCCACGUGGCGCCAGCACCUCCCCCAGCAACCCCUAACAACAAGACUGGAGGACUCCAAUCAACUCCCAAUGGCACAGUGGUCAUCCUAGACUCGCCCAAUGGUGGUCCACUGCCUAGCACAACAUCAAUCAUGAACCGUGACGCCCAGCUUCAUCCGAUCCAUAUCGAAUGA